AUAGAGAACUGAGAUAGCUGCAGAUAACUGCUUUUGUCUUCUUCUGUAUCAUUUUGUCAAAUUCUGUGUUCAGCCGAGCACAGCCGACCGUUUUGGAGUAUUCCGUGGGACGAUUUUCUACGAUUUUUCCUUGCUUGGCAUUAAACUAAAUAAGUCGUCGAAAUUAUGGAUUUAUUAGGAUCCAUUCUAAAAUCCAUGGACAAGCCACCGUCGGUAAACGAGAAGCAGAAGGCCCUUAUGAAAAAACAGCGGGAGGAAUUUCAGAAGUGUCAAAAGGCCGAGGCAGAAAAGUUGAAGCUCUUCCGGCAGAAGGUUGAAGAGAAGAUUAAUAAGUUCGUACAAGAUGACAACGCAAAGGAAUAUAAAUUUCCUGCCAUGGAUCAGAUAUACAGAAGUAUUAUUCAUGAUGUAGCAGAAGUGGCGAAUAUCCUGGCGUAUUCCUUCGGCGAGGAAGGCGUUGAUCGAUACAUCAUGAUCUUCAAGAAGGAGCACGCGCCUUCGGAGGAUCAGUUAAACACACUGCGCAAAGGUGAAGAGUGGAAUGAAGAAGUUGCAAAAAGACUGAAAGAGGAGAGAGAAAGGAAGGCUAGAGAGGACUCCGAGUAUGCGAAGUCUAGGAAACGAAAGGAGAAUUUCGUGCCCAACAGCUACUACAAGGAUAAAUAUCAGCACUUGAUCGGCAAGGAGGCUGCAUUGGAAGCAGCUCGAAAAACGGAAGCCAAUAGUAGUUAUGGAUGUGUUCCCAGUGAAAACAAGAAGGAUCAAAGAAGUAUAGAACAAACUCUAGCCGAUAUACGCGCCAAGAAAAGGAGACUGGAAAUGAACAAUGAAACUAGUAAUUGCAGCGACAACAGUACAAAAUAAUGCUAUUAUAUAUAAAUAAUCAUAGGCA